GGAGGCUUCUGGAAAAGGCGCCGCGCGCUGGGCGGGCCCGCCGCUAUAUAAGGGCGGCGCGGGGGCGGCGCGCCAGUUGCUUCAGCGUCCUGGUGCUGUUACGCCGCGGAUCCCGUGCGGUCGUCCAGCCAAGAUGCCGGAGGAGACACAGACCCAAGACCAGCCCAUGGAGGAGGAGGAGGUGGAGACCUUCGCCUUCCAGGCGGAGAUCGCCCAGUUGAUGUCGUUGAUCAUCAACACUUUCUACUCGAACAAAGAGAUCUUUUUGCGGGAGCUGAUCUCCAACUCGUCGGACGCCCUGGACAAAAUCAGGUACGAAAGCCUGACGGACCCCAGCAAGCUCGACUCGGGGAAGGAGCUGCACAUUAACCUGAUCCCGAACAAGCAGGACCGAACCCUCACCAUCGUGGACACCGGAAUCGGCAUGACCAAGGCCGACCUGAUCAACAACCUUGGCACUAUCGCCAAGUCUGGGACCAAAGCGUUCAUGGAGGCUUUGCAGGCUGGCGCUGACAUCUCCAUGAUCGGCCAGUUCGGUGUCGGCUUUUAUUCUGCGUAUUUGGUGGCGGAGAAAGUGACUGUGAUCACCAAACACAACGACGAUGAGCAGUACGCCUGGGAGUCCUCCGCAGGGGGCUCCUUCACCGUCAGGACUGACACAGGGGAACCAAUGGGUCGUGGGACAAAGGUUAUCUUGCAUCUGAAAGAAGACCAAACUGAGUACUUGGAGGAAAGAAGAAUAAAGGAGAUUGUGAAGAAACAUUCCCAGUUUAUCGGCUAUCCCAUUACUCUCUUUGUGGAGAAGGAGCGUGAUAAAGAAGUCAGUGAUGACGAGGCUGAAGAAAAAGAAGAUAAAGAGGAGGAAAAGGAAAAAGAAGAAAAGGAGCCGGAUGACAAACCCGAAAUUGAAGAUGUUGGUUCUGAUGAUGAAGAAGAAGAAAAGAAGGAUGGUGACAAGAAGAAAAAGAAGAAAAUUAAGGAGAAGUACAUUGAUCAGGAAGAGCUCAACAAAACAAAGCCCAUUUGGACCAGAAAUCCUGAUGAUAUCACUAAUGAGGAGUACGGAGAGUUCUAUAAGAGUUUGACCAAUGAUUGGGAAGAUCACUUGGCAGUGAAGCAUUUUUCCGUUGAAGGACAGUUGGAAUUCAGAGCCCUUCUUUUUGUCCCAAGACGUGCUCCUUUUGACCUUUUUGAAAACAGAAAGAAAAAGAACAACAUUAAGUUGUAUGUACGCAGAGUUUUCAUCAUGGAUAACUGUGAGGAGCUAAUCCCUGAAUAUCUGAACUUCAUUAGAGGAGUGGUAGAUUCUGAGGAUCUUCCUCUAAACAUUUCCCGUGAAAUGUUGCAACAGAGCAAAAUUUUGAAAGUCAUCAGAAAGAAUUUGGUCAAAAAAUGCUUAGAACUGUUCACUGAAUUGGCAGAAGAUAAAGAGAACUACAAAAAAUUCUAUGAGCAAUUUUCUAAAAAUAUAAAGCUUGGAAUACACGAAGACUCUCAGAAUCGAAAGAAGCUUUCAGAGCUGUUACGAUACUACACGUCUGCUUCUGGGGAUGAGAUGGUUUCUCUCAAGGACUAUUGUACCAGAAUGAAAGAAAAUCAGAAACACAUCUACUAUAUCACAGGUGAGACCAAGGAUCAGGUCGCUAACUCUGCCUUUGUGGAGCGUCUUCGGAAGCAUGGUUUAGAAGUGAUCUACAUGAUUGAGCCCAUCGAUGAGUACUGUGUCCAACAGCUGAAGGAAUUUGAGGGGAAGACAUUAGUGUCUGUCACCAAAGAGGGCUUGGAGCUUCCAGAGGAUGAAGAGGAGAAGAAGAAACAGGAAGAGAAAAAGACAAAGUUUGAAAACCUCUGCAAGAUCAUGAAGGACAUCUUGGAGAAAAGGUUGAAAAGGUGGUUGUGUCAAACCGAUUGGUGACCUCCCCGUGCUGUAUUGUCACAAGCACAUACGGCUGGACAGCAAACAUGGAAAGAAUCAUGAAAGCUCAGGCGCUGAGAGACAACUCGACAAUGGGCUACAUGGCAGCCAAGAAACACCUGGAGGUGAACCCUGACCACUCC